ACCCCAUAGACCCUGAUGUUGAUUGGUAUGAACUCUUCCAUGCUCCAUACACGCCAGUACCAGACCCCACCCCCAUGCUACCUCCGUGGGCGUACAGGCCUCGGUGCUCAGCCACGACACCAUCAAGGUGACCUGGGCCGACAACUCCCUGCCCAAAAAACAGAAGAUCAGGACGCACGCUACUACACCGGUGCGCCGGAAGACCAACAUCCCCGCCAACACCAAGCUCAAGAGGGCCAACACCACCAACCUGAGCCACAUGGUGACGGGCCUGAAGCCCAACACGCUCUAUGAGUUCUCUGUCAUGGUGACCAAGGGCCGGAGGACCAGCACCUGGAGCAUGACGGCCCAGGGAACCACCUUUGAGACCAUUCCCAGCUCGUCCCCAAAGAUGUACUGUGGUGAGCAAGGAGCUGAAACCGACGUACCAUCAAUAGUCAACUGGCAGCCCCCCUCAGAGGCCAAUGGAAAAAUCACAGGCUACAUAAUCAACUACAGUACUGAUGUGAAUGCGGAGGUGCAUGACUGGGUGAUAGAGCCGGUGGUGGGCAACAGGUUGACCCCAGAUCCAGGAGCUGACUCUGGACACCACCUACUACUUCAAGAUCCAGGCCCGUAACUCCAAAGGGCAUAUGGCCCAAUGUCAGAGGCCAGUAC